GGAGCCUUUUGUCGCGAACGCGCAAUAUAAUUGCAGCUUUUACUGGCAAACGCGUGGACAGUACGUAACCCGAUCAUGGUCUCGAAUCGAACGCGGAUCAAAGACUCGAUUGUAUCGCGAGCUUCGUUAGACGCAGUUUUAGUCGAGAUAAGGUUCGUCCGUCACAGCGAGCAGUAUCGUAUUCGCGGGACAACUCCGCUAAAGCAGCGAGCCACUGAACAAAUAUUCGCUAGCCUGGCGGCGCAUUCUGGACAAAUAUCCGUGGGGCUUGGUCAAGGAUUCAGCGCGAUUUUAGUGCCGAAACUGUUGACCAGUCACUUGGCGAACGCCGAUCAGACGUCUUGGAUCGCUGCUCUAGGCGUCGUCUCUAAUCCUUUGGGCUCGUUAAUCGCCGGACUAUGCGCCGAGUGGUUCGGAAGAAGAUCGGCUAUCGCGUUGGCCAGUUUGCCUCAUGUCGCUGGAUGGUUGUUGAUAGCGUUGGCGAAAAACUUGCCUCUGUUAUACGUGGGCAGAUUCGUUAGUGGAAUCGGCAUGGGCAUGGCAAACGGCCUAUACCUUUACGUCAGCGAGGCCGCCGCACCAAACCAGAGAGCCUGGCUGGGAAGCUGUGGCCCAGUUUUAGUUUCGCUCGGUGUCCUGAUGAUUUACUCGUUGGGAGCGUUCACCACGUGGGAAAAUGCCGCUGCCAUCAGUAUAGCACCUGCCAUACUCUCGCUGGCGCUAACACGUAUGAUUCCGGAAACACCGAGUUGGCUAGUCGCUCGAGGACGAAACGAGGAAGCGAAGGAAUCCUUGUUGUGGCUACGAGGCUCUGGCCUAACCACCGACAAAGAGUACGAGGAACUUUGCGACGCAAACGCGAAAAGAGAAGAGGGAAAAGAGAGUCUGUUGAAAGCUCUUCACAUGCCAAGCGUGUGGAAGCCUUUCCUCGUGCUGUGCGCUUUCUUCGCGCUCCAGCAAAUGUCGGGCAUCUAUAUAAUCCUCUUCUACACGGUCAGCAUCCUCGAGGAUAUCGGUAUCGACCUGAACGAGUAUUCCGCCAGCGUUGGAAUCGGUGUGAUCAGGUUGUUCGCGUCGAUAGCCGGCGCUGGUCUAGCCAACAGCUUUGGCAGAAAAGCGCUAACCUUCGUCAGUGGCUUAGGAAUGGCGAUCUCUGCCGUAGGCGUUGCUCUCUCCUACAGGUUCAAAUUGUCAUCGGUGGUAUCCUUGGCAUGCAUCGGAGGCCACGUAGGCUUCUCUAUGAUAGGAUUUCUCACUCUGCCAUGGGUCAUGACCUCCGAACUCUAUCCGCUAAGGUUCAGAGGAUCUUUAGGAGGCAUCACUACCAGUAUCGUACAAAUGUUAACGUUCGCAACCAUCAAAAUGUAUCCUAAUCUGCAACCGAUAGUUGGAAUCGAGUACUUCAUGUGGACGUUCGCCGUAGCUUCUAGCUUAGGAGCCGCAUUCGCACUCACCAUCCUCCCUGAGACCAGAGGUCGAAGCCUCGACGAAAUAGAAAACGGAUUCUCGAAGAAGCUCGCGACAGACCCGCCCGCCGAUGUUCAGCCAAUAGCCACCAUCUCUCUUCGACCUAAUAAUAUCACGCUCGAGAAAUUUGCCUCGAUCCCCGAGGAGAAGCAUCGCAAUAUCACGACAAACGCGUACGCUUUCGACAAUUUCUGCAUCGACUUAACCGCUGACCAUAUGCAAAAGAACAAAAGGCAAACUGCCAAUGAUUGCGAAGCGAACCGUCGUCAUCUCGUAUAUAACCGUCCGACCAUCUCGUCCGAGCACGUGUAUUUCUAGCAGCCACCGAACCUUCCUUCUCCAUCCACUCUCUUUUC